AUGACAGGAGGGUACAGAGACUCAUAUUUCGCAGUCCAGCACCUAGCUAUGGCACAUCAAUCCGAAUAUAUGGCUUGGCUUCAAGAUGAACUACCUGAAGAGCUUCCUGCCACAUUUCUUGAGCCUCCGAUGCAGUACGGUGAUGGGCUGCUAGAUGAUAUCUUGGAUGGCCCAGCAACUGAGGGUGCUGGAAACCCUGGAAACAAUGGCGACUUAUCUGUAGGAAACCAUGGUUCUGGGCCCCAUAACGAUAUGUACGCCAGGGCUACGGAGGGAGAAGCUUCCAGAACAGCAGCCACCAGCGGCAAUAGUACCGGAUCUGUUCAUCAUAGCAUGAACAACUCUGGACCAAACAAUAACCAUGGCGUCGGUACCGAGGGAAAUAGCAACGACGGCCACACUGCAAUGCACCUUACUGGACGAGGGUCGUUUCCUCCACGAGGGUACGGAUGGACAUGGACUCAAUUAGCAGAACUACCAGAACAUGCCGAAUUAGCUAAUCCAUGA